AUGAGUUCUUCUACAUCACCUGCAUCACAAAGCACAGAGACAGGGUGCUUCUCUCCACAAGUGCUCUCAUGGACUGUGGCUGGGGUCUCUGUCCUGCUUCUCAGUGUCUGUUUCAUCGCCAGAUGUGUUGUAACAUAUCACAGCUCUCAAACUUGUGAUAAGAAAAAGUUCCAACCACAUGAAAAUGUCAAGGAGCUCUCUUGUGACAGUGACUUAUCAGGUUCAGUGAAGAAUUGUUGCCCACCGCACUGGGCACAUUUUCAAUCUAGCUGCUACUUUUUCUCUACAACCACCAUGUCCUGGGCAUCAAGUUCAAGAAACUGCUCUGGCAUGGGGGCUCAUCUGGUAGUUAUCAACUCACAAGAGGAACAGGAAUUUCUUUUCCAUACAAAACCUAGAAAGAGAGAGUUUUAUAUUGGACUAACAGACCAAAUGAUUGAGGGCCAGUGGCAAUGGGUGGAUGGCACACCCUUCACAGAAUCACUGAGCUUCUGGGAUGCAGGAGAGCCUAACAACAUAGUUAUGGUUGAGGACUGUGCCACCAUAAGGGACUCUUCAAAUUCAAGGAAAAACUGGAAUGAUGUACCCUGUUUCUUCAAUAUGUUUCGAAUUUGUGAAAUGCCAGAAAUAAGUCUUUUGGACAAAUACAAAUGA